AUGAAGCAUUUUCCCCUUCUGCCAUCUUUGUGUGAUGGUCGAUCUCUGAGGUUUUUCUUCCUGUCGCUUGUUUCAAUAUUAUUUAUUGCAUUCCCUUCUUCCGUAAAACCUGGUAUGGCGCAGGGACAGCCUCUUGCUUCCAACUACACGACCAUUAGGAAACCAAUAUUCGGCAAUUUCCGCUGCAACCGUUAUUCCCAGCAUCAAAUUUCGGGUACAUCAUUCGUUACAUGCAACAUUGAAAAUAUUUGUCUUGCCACAAACGGCCAAUUUGUCUUGUUUCAUCCUUCCGAACGUCUAUGGGGACAUCAAAAAGAGUUUAUGAAUAUUCUCAAUUCAAAACCUUGGCUGUAUAUUCAGGGACGAGUGACAACAAGUAAUAGAGGACAAUUCCAAGCUAAAGUCAUGGAUGCAGAUCUUGUUUUAGAAUAUAAAAACACUAAUAGUGGUCAAGAAAGAAUUGUUGGAGCGAGUUCCAUCACGGGAUGGUCCACACGAGUAGGUCCGGACACACUUCGAAAAUUGUUCACACGCUACGACAAUGAAAAUGAGCAGUCGUUCACUCAAGACGGUGUCCAAAUCGCUCCCAUUGCUUUAGAUUCUAACUUUACCUAUUUCACAUCACCUACUUUUGCUCUUAAACGAUUUGAUGCUGGACAAUUGGAUCAUUUUCUUGUGGAUAACAUGUUCAUGGUAGUUUCCUUAAUGAUGAGUUAUUAUCCAAUAUCUAACUCGAAAGAAAUGGAAUCUCUUGUCAAUCACACACUGUUGUAUUUGGAUGACGUUUUUGAUAAGGACGCUUCUAAUGAUCUUGAGGUAUCAGAUCCAUCCACUGCUGAUGAAUAUUCAUUGACAUUGUCCAGUUUAAUCACUCGACAACCUCCUUUGCAACUCUGUGAAACGCAAUCGAAUUAUUAUUCCAUUGAAAAACUUCCAUGUCGAAAUGUUGGAAAAAACAUAACUUCGAAGUGGUCUUCGAGAGAUGAACCACUCACAUUGAAAGCAUGCUUUUCACAGUUCUUGGUUGGAAUGACGGAACCAUUUCACAAUAAUUUUCAUCGGAGACAAAGCGUUGCAGUGACAUUACGACAAUUGGCUUAUCACAAUCUCAAAAUUCGACCAUUGCCUCACGAAGAGAAUGACAAUGAUCGAUUAAUUUCAUUUUUAGAUUCCAAACCUGUUCGUGUGGUCAUUCACAGAAAAGGAUCUUCUUAUCAAGGACCAUUUAUUGUCAAUGUUGAGGAAAUUUCAAAAGCCCUACAAGAACAAUUCUCUCGUGUCUCUGAUACAAAUUCACAAUUUCAUCAAUUAAUCGCUUUACAUUCACGCAUUGAAGUGGAGUUUUUCGAAUUAUCAAAAACACCUUCACUCGAAGAUGUGAAAUACUUCUCAACUGUGGAUGUUUUCAUUACUGAUUCAGGAAGUGCAGCUUAUUAUUCGAUUUUUAUGCGAGCUGAUACUUCUGUGAUUGUAGCACCUGAAUGUACCUCAAUUAAUUCUGAGACAACUACGAACGGAUAUACCAAUCGGUGUGAGUCGAGUGUGACUUAUCAAAACUUAAAAACAUUACCAUCGGUUCAAGUGAUUGAUUAUAUGGAGUUUGGAGACAUUUCAAAGAAUGUGCAAUGUCAAAAACGAGAUGUUUCUGUGAAGGAUCCAUCGAUUUGUGAUCCAAUUUUGAAUUCUCAAAUCAUUGCUGAGAAUGUGGUGCCUUUGUUGACGAAAAGAUUUUUAAAGUCGUUGAACUAG